GUCGGUACAGCACAGCACGUCGGGAGCACAAAAGCAGACGGGCGGGGUGUUGGCACAGCAACCGACAUGUCGACGAUGUUGCCACAACCGCUAAAAAACCCCGCAUGCACCCCCGUCCUACAUCAAUUGAAGUUUCGAUCGCGUUGACGCCAGCAAGCCGCCACCUCCUCAGCUAUUUUACGCCCACAUUCUGCGCACUUCCUUGCGCUGUCGUACGCCCCUGACGUUGUGCUGCGGGCACUGUUCUGAGUGUACAAGCAGGCUGCUGCUCACAUGACGAACAACGACGACCAACCUGGUGGGAGGCGCUGUUGAUCUUCGACCACCGCACGCCAGACACGGCCGCGGGGCCAACCGGUCGCACGAAAGCGCGCGCUGCCGGGGAAAGCAUCAGGAGCACCGUUGCGGUGGGAGCGACGGUGAUCAUUGUCUCUCUCUUCACCUGCUGUACGGCCGUGGUUUGCUCGUGUGAGUCUUUGUCACAGAGGUGAGCAGGCGGUCUGCCUGCGGGGGGCACGACGAUUGGCACAAAAUACCGGGUAGGCGGCUAGCACCGUAGAUUCUGCCUGCCGAAAUCUGAAAGAUCGGCCCCCUUGCGCUGGCAGCGCCCGGUAUCCAUAUCAUAGCGCACACACGUGGGACCGUGCUGCACACACUGCGUGGGAGUUCGCCUUCUUCCCUCUCGAUUUCUUCCCCCUCGCUGAAGCCAUAUCCUAGUCAAGUUGCGCCUUGUGGUCAGGGGAAAGGUAUCUCUAGAGCUCCCGCGCGACAUUUAAGUGCGGGCACAUCUUGUCCGGAGGCGAAGAACCCACCACAUGGAGAGAAUAUACAACCUCGUGAGCUGGUGACCCCUGGAUAUUCAGCUCUCAACUCGUCAUUUUCUUCCUGAAGGAGGUAAACGAUGGGCCAGAGGCACGGAAAGGCCGUUUAUGACAGCGCUGCAAAGCCCUUCCUCAACCUCAGCCUUGCGGCCGUUGGCACGCUAUGGGAGACAUUCAACGACGUCGCGGAUGGCUUCGGCAUCAAUCUGCAUGAGUUCCUAGAGAUUUGCUCCGAGCUGGGAGAAGAGCUGCAGCUCAACAGGGCCAAGCUGGAUAAGGUGAAGCUUUCAACGGCUCUCUUCAAGCUCCUAGACACCGACAAUAACGGCUUGAUCGACGCCAUCGAGUUCGUCAGCGCCAUGGCGUGCGCUUCGGGGAUGAGCGUGACCGACACGCUGGAGUUUGUCUUGAGUUGCUACGACUUCGACGGCACCGGUCGCCUCACGAUAGAUGAGAUAUCCCUGGCCUUCAAAAGCACCGUAACCGGUAUGUGCAAGCUAGAGGGGACCGGCGCGGGCGUUGACGCGGGCCUCAAGGCCUGUCCGCGCGACAUCGACUUCGAAGCUGCCGCCAUGAAUGCCUUCGAGCGCCGGGCGGAGGGGUCUGACCGAUUCAAGGUUAAGAUGCGGGAGGUGAUCGACUUUUGUGAGGAACAGCCCGAAAUCAGGUCAUGGCUCGACUACUUCGACGACCCGGCUGAGGAGGAAGCCCUGGCAGCAGCGGGUGCGGAGGGGAACGAGAGAGGAGAGGAAGGCCGGGACGACAACGCCAACGACAUCCGGCGGUAG